CGCAAUGUCUCCACCAUCCGCCACCACAGAAACUGCCCCUCCAGCAAACCCCCCCUCCAAGCAAGACCCCUCCAAAAUCCCAGCCUGGGUUCAACCAGAUCUCACACGCCUCCUCCGCGUCAACCACGUCCCCGGCUCUUACACUUCAUACGCGACAUCUCUCGUCGCGCUCCCCGCCGGCGCCGUCUUCGCACGCAUCACGUCCCCCACCCCAGCAUCCCCAGCCUAUUCCACCGUGCAAGCUUCGCGGGACCUGCACAUUGAGCUCAACUCUGACCUCCUCUACAUCAACCACUCGUGCCGUCCCAGCCUCGUCUUCGACAUGGAGAAGUGGGAGGUCAGGGUCAGCGAGGACUUGGAGGGCGGGCUGAAGGUGGGCGAUUUGUUGACGUUUUUUUACCCGAGUACCGAGUGGGCUAUGGCGCAGAAGUUUGAGUGCACGUGUGAGGAGAAGACGUGUUUGGGGUGGAUUGGCGGUGCCAAGGAGAUGGAUGGAGCGGUUUUGAAGGGGUAUCGGUUGAAUUCGCAUAUUGAGGCGUUGUUGAGGGAGGAGGGGAAGUGGUAA